GCGGUGCAGUGUGGGUGACUAUAUUUGUAAACUGCGCGUUGCCUUGCACGAUUUAGCCCAGUUUAAAUUUCCAGUGACUCGUUUCGUGGGCAUUUGUUUGAUCGAUUUCAGAUUCCACCGGCCGCCCCGAACCGAUUUGAUUCGUUUAUUUUCAUACGGGCUGAAGCAGAAAGAGGUCGCGGGAGCAGAGUAGGAUGUACAAUGGGAUCGGGCUGGUCACCCCGCGAGGGAGUGGCACCAACGGCUACGUCCAGCGCAACCUGUCCACCGUGCGUCCCCGGAGGAGCCGACAGGACACCAGGACAGACGAGGAAUUGGACAAACUGGAGAGCAGCCUGACCAGAGCCCCCAACCCCGAGAUACUGGAGCACGAGAGGAAGAGGGGGCUGGAGCUGAAGUGUGCGCAGCUGCAGGACAUGAUGGAGGAGCAGGGGUACUCUGUGGAGGAGAUCGAUGAGAAGGUCGCCACCUUCAGGCUGAUGCUUCAAGAGAAAGAGGAGCAGCCGAUCAAAGAGGGAGCGCCUAGCGAGAGACCCACGGCAACGGAGACGCACCAGCUGGCCGCAGCCAAUCAGCUGAAGAACGAGCGCCUGAGAGCGGCCUUCGGUAUCCGGGAUGACUACGAGGACGGGAGCUCCUUCCACCCAGAGAGGAGAGCGCGAGAGCGGGAGAGGAGAGAGCAGGAGGAGAGGGGAAAGAAGGAGUACAUAAUUAUCCCAGAGGAUUCGGAAGGCUCAGCUUCCCCACCACCCCACCGUCACAACAAGAAAAAGAACAAAACAAGAGAGAGGAAUUCAGACAGCGGAUCUGCGUCGCCACGGAGAUCGAAGAAGAAGAAAUCAAAGAAAAAGAAACAGAGAUCCAGCUCUGAGGAGAAGCCUCCAAAUCGCGGGUCUCGCAGCCCGAAGGACAAAAGCAAAUCGAAGGGAAAAGACAAGAGACACAGAACCCCCAGCCAGUCUCCGCCCCCACAGAGACGAGGUCAUAAAGGAAGCCCCGCCUCUUCCUCCUCCCCUUCCUCUAGAGGCAGUCCAAGCAAGUCCCCCGUUGCCCUUAGAGACGCACAACCCUCUCAGCCAACCAGGAGAGGCGAGAGGGGAAGGGGGAGGUCCCCGGCUCGGUCAGCCACGCCCCCGAGAGGCAGGAAGGGGCAGGUCCACAAACGCAGCAGUGACGAGCGUUCUGGGAGCAGAGAGAAAUCCCCAGGCCGUCCCCCCACAGACGGAGGCAACAAGGGGGGUCCCAGAGAGAACCCCAAAAACAGAUCGGGGUCCCCAGCUGAGAGGAGGGGAGGCAGAGGAAACACCCUCAGGGGGGAGAGGGACUCUCCUAAACGCAGACAGGGGGGGUCGUCCCAGGACAGGGGGGACAGGGGUUCCCCCAAACACAGGCGCAGCCCCCCGAAACACAGCAGGGAGACCAGACACAGGUGGAACAGCCCCGAGAGAGAAUCGAGAGCGGAGAGAGGAGAAAGGGGGUCCCCUAGGAACAGGAGGGGGACCCCAGAAAGAGAGGUGGAUCCCAGAGCUGAGAGGGGAGACAGGAGAGGAGGCGAUAGGGGGACCCCAGAAAGAGCGCCGCACUCCAGAUCUGAGAGGAGAGACAGAGGAGGAGGAGGAGGGGAGAGGGGUUCCCCUGACAGAGAACGGAAGGCGGGGAGACAGGAACGGCGACGUGACUCCGAUAAUGGAGAUCGAUCGAAGAGGAGGUCGCCCAGCUCUCGUUCUUCAUCAUCAUCAUCAUCAUCCUCUUCUUCCUCCUCCUCCUCCUCUCCCUCCCCGUCUCCCUCCCCCAAAGCCAACGGGAGAGACCGGAGGAGAGAAGGAGGGGAUCAAGGGAAAAAGAGAGGAGCAGAGCAGGAUACAGAAGAGGCUGCUGCUUCUACUGCAACUGAUGCAGCUGAAGUAACUACUACUACAACUGUUACUACUACUACCACUAGGGAUGAAGAUAAUAAUGUUACUAGAAGUAACCGAAGCAGAGGAACUGACAGUCUGGCUUGCAAAGAACGGGACAAAAGGGUGACCGAAGUUCCGCCAUUAAAGGAGAAGUCCGGGUCGAGCUUGAGCCCCGAAAUCUCCACUACCUCUCGCGCAGAAUCCUCCAAGACCGUCUCAGAGACGGGGGGGAGGAGGAGGGAUGAGAGAGGCGAGGAGAGGAAGAGGGACGAGAGAGGAGGAGGAGGAGGGGAUAAGGAAGAACCGUCCAGUUCGACCACGGCCACGAGAAGCGGCGAUCGGGAUGUUCGCCAGGAUGGCGGAAUCGCAAACGGGAGCAGCCGGGAGAAGUCAAGGAUCGGCGGCUCGGAAUCCGGAAAGCUGGGAUCGGACUCGGCCCAGCCGGGUCCCACGACAACGGUGACGGGAAGCAAGGAAGGAAAGCCGGAAGUCGAGGAAGAGGAGGAGCGCCGAAGGGCGAAAACCGCGACCAAGAAAAAGGAGGGAGAGAAAAAGGAAGGGAAGAAACCAAGAAAGGAUAGCAGUUCCUCCACCAGUUCCAGUUCUGGUUCCAGUGGUACCAGCUCUUCUAGCGGGUCCAGCAGCAGCAGCAGCAGCAGUGACAGCAGCAGUAGCGGGACCGACUCUUCGGAUUCUUCUUCCAGUUCCUCUUCCGAGUCCGACGACCAGAAGGUCAAAAAGUCCAAACUAAAAAACAGCUCUGCGAUUGCUGCUGUAGAGGAACCAGCGGGAAAAGCUCAUAAACGGAGGUCCAGUGGAAAGGAGGAUAAGGACAAGGGAGUUGGCGCAGCAGCAAAGUCUGGAAAAACUGAUAAAAAGCAAGUGGAGGAGGAGGCGACCGAGAGGCGAAGGGGCAAGCAUCUGCCUUCGGAAGAGGAGAUGGAAGCAGAUUCUUCGCGGUCGAGAUCGGAGCCGAAGAGGGACGCAGUCGCUGCUGUUUCUCCGGUUUUUCCAAGGCGCGGAGAAGCCGGGAAGAAGAGGGAUUCGCCGUCUCCGGGAAGAGAGAAGGAGAGGGAUCAUUCACCAGAGGAGAGGAGGAGGAGGAGGAAGGAAGAAGAUAGUAGUGAAGUGUCUGGGAAAUCCAGGUCCAGAGAGAGGUCGACGACUUCUCCCAGAAAACAGAGACGCUCUCCUUCUUCUGAGAGGAGAGGGAAGGGAACGAGAUCAGGCUCCGGGAUUCUGGAUAAGAGGUCUUCCGACAUCACCAGCGGAGAGAGGGGAGAAGCUCAGUUUGGUUCCAGACCCAAAGAAAGAUCCCCGCCCGUUCUUCCUUCUCGCAGCCACCAAAGUGAUUCAUCUCGGUCUCCAGUCGCGGACAACAGCAGAAGAAGCAGAUCGUCUUCCAGGACGUCUUCCACCAGGGAGAAGAGACCCAACGAGAGGCGUUCCCCUUUGUCUGCGAGAGAGGAUAGCGGGGUCUCGAAGUCUUCUAAGACGCUAGAUAAUAAGACCCCGGCUUCGAGGCUCGCCCCCAAACCCAGCGAGAGAUAUUCCCCGAGCGCGACACACACAGACAGCGACUCCUCCUCGUCGCCCUCCCCCGAGAGAGGAAGCAAAUCCCCGCCCAAAUCGAAGGCCCCGGUCCGGUCACCCGCUGUCUCCAAAGCCGCCUCUCCCAUCGGCGCGGGUUCGAGGCAGCCCUCGCACCCCCCCGCGGCCAGCCGCAGCCAGCGUUCUGAAUCUCCGGUCAGGAGAAGCAGCCAGACUCCUCCCCCCCGAUUAGGCAGGUGGGACAACAAAGUGUCCGUGCCUUUCCGGGGUAAAAGGUCCUCGGUCGGGCAGCUGUAUUCUCCGACCGGGAGAGAUGACUCGGACUCUGAUUCGAGGUCACCGGUCAGACAAAAGAGUGGGUCGCCCCCCACGAAAUCGCACUCUCCUGCCGCAGAGGCCACCAAAACGGGGGAGCGUCCGACUUCCGCGAGAUAUCAAAGGGAGAGCCAGGAUUCUGAAUCUCCGGUCAGGAGAAGUAGCCAAACUCCUCCUCCUCCUCCUCCUCCUCCUCCUCCUAGCUCAAGCAAGUGGGCGAAAGUGUUCUCUCCUCCUUCCCGGGCUAAGAGGCUGACCUCCGGGCAGUUGGGUUCUCCGACCGGGAGAGACUGCGAUCCGUCUGUGAGGGAUCCCAAAUCGAGCAGAUGGGAUAAAGAGGAGGAGGAAGAAGAGGAGGAAGUAGCCAGAAACUCGUCUCCGUCUGCAGGAGAACGGAGGGAGUUGUACUCCCCGACCGGCAGACACGGCGGCGACUCCUCGCGAUCGCUUUCCCCGGCGACAGAACGGAGUCCGUCUAGCGCUAGAAGGGAAAGCUCGAUUCUCAAUACGACUUCCACCGCUGCUCCUCCUCCUACUUCCUCCAAGGACAGGAGCUCCGCAGACCGGAGAAAGAGGUCCCAGUCCAGGGAGAGGAGAACCAGCAGGUCCCCCCUUCCUCCUCCUCCUUCCUCCAAGGACAGGAGCUCCCCAGACCGGAGAAAGAGGUCCCAGUCCAGGGAGAGGAGAACCAGCAGGUCCCCCCUUCCUCCUCCUUCCUCCAAGGACAGGAGUUCCCCAGACCGGAGAAAGAGGUCCCAGUCCAGGGAGAGGAGAACCAGCAGGUCCCCCCUUCCUCCUCCUUCCUCCAAGGACAGGAGCUCCCCAGACCGGAGAAAGAGGUCCCAGUCCAGGGAGAGGAGAACCAGCAGGUCCCCCCUUCCUCCGCCUUCUUCCUCCAAGGACAGGAGCUCCCCAGACCGGAGAAAGAGGUCCCAGUCCAGGGAGAGGAGAACCAGCAGGUCCCCCCUUCCUCCGCCUUCUUCCUCCAAGGACAGGAGCUCCCCAGACCGGAGAAAGAGGUCCCAGUCCAGGGAGAGGAGAACCAGCAGGUCCCCCCUUCCUCCGCCUUCUUCCUCCAAGGACAGGAGCUCCGCAGACCGGAGAAAGAGGUCCCAGUCCAGGGAGAGGAGAACCAGCAGGUCCCCCCUUCCUCCUCCUACUUCCUCCAAGGACAGGAGCUCCCCAGACCGGAGAAAGAGGUCCCAGUCCAGGGAGAGGAGAACCAGCAGGUCCCCCCUUCCUCCUACUUCCUCCAAGGACAGGAGCUCCCCAGACCGGAGAAAGAGGUCCCAGUCCAGGGAGAGGAGAACCAGCAGGUCCCCCCUUCCUCCUCCUCCUCCUUCCUCCAAGGACAGGAGCUCCGCAGACCGAAGAAAGAGGUCCCAGUCCAGGGAGAGAAGAGACAGUCUCUCCCCCCAGCAGCAGCAGACCGCUAUAAGAAGAGAACGAUCUCCUCCUUCUCAGAAGCCCAGGGGUUAUUCCUCCCCUCCCCAAAAGAGAAGGGGGGCAGAGAGACGGGGGUCCGAUUCCUCCUCCUCCUCCCCUUCUCCUCAUAGAGAGGGGCCCAGAUCGCCCCCCAUGCAGUACAGGAGCUCCAAUCCCUCGGCCAUUCGAAGGGAGAGGUCCCCUGCCCCAGUCCGGGCUAGAGGCUCUCCGCUGGGCAGCAGGGGGCAGAAGCGAUCCCAUUCCAGAGAGAAGGAUUGGAAAAGGGGCGGAGAUAGGCUGUCUCCCAGAUCACAUGAUAGGUACCCUCACUCCACGAGAGGCCAGCAGUCCCCCGCUGGGAGGAGAGGCGGGGGCAGGUACCAGUCCCCAAAAAGGACCCGAAAACGUUCUCGAUCCGCCUCUCCUUACUUGAGCAGGAGAGGCUCGCCCCUUACAAGAAGGGAGAGGGGCAGCAAUGCGGACAGUCGAGGCUUCUCUCCCGUUUAUCACCGCAGAGGGGAGAGGGACAGGAGGAGAGAGUCGCCACCUCCAGCGGCAGCUUCUAGAACCUCCGGGCGGCGCCGGUCCAGUUCCAGAUCGCGGAGACCAGGUUCCCCCAGGGCUAGGAGGAGUCCGACCAAGAGGUACCGUGCUUCCCCCCCUCCCUCUCGGAGACGUUCCCCCUCCAAGAGAACGCGCUCCCGCUCUAGAACACGUUCUGGAGCAGAGAGGGAGCGGAGCCGGCACUCACCCCCUCCACCAGCCAAGGUCCGCGGCUCCCCGAUCCAGAACCGCAGAACUGGACGGGUUCCGGAGCGGAAACCCAGAACCCCUCGCUCCUCCAGUUCCUCUAGCUCAUCUUCCUCGUCUUCGUCAUCCUCCUCCUCCUCCUCCUCCUCCUCUUCGUCCUCCUCGUCCCCCUCCCCCAAGCGCAGGGCUGGAGACCCCCCUAAGGGUUCCGUGUCGCCCGGGGUGGCAGCUGAAGACGGAAAAGAGAGAAAAGGCAACAAGUCUAGGUCUCCCGGUCCGGUUGAGAAAGUCCAGGGAAGUUGUGGGUCACCCGUCAGCAGCAAUGCAGCAGAUUUGAAAAAGAGCCGCUCUAGAACCAAGUCCAGAACCCCGCCCGAUUCCACUGAUGCUAUCGCGGCGCUCCCCGGGGCUGGUCCGGCGAGCAGGAGCCGUUCGCGUUCCAGGUCUCCGGAGCAGAGGCAGCCGACCCCACCGCUGGAGGGCAAGGGAAACUCUCUGAGUGGAUCCGGUUCUGGAAGCCCUGCAGCUGCCCUCAGCAGCGGGAGGGGGUCAGGGUCUAGAUCCCCCAAGGCUCAGUCACAGGGUUCUAGGACCCCGGCGAUGAGGCGGUCGCGUUCUAGGUCGGUCAGCCCCAGAGCAAGCGAAGCCGGUCAGCCAGUAAAGAGGCAGUCCGGUUCCAGAUCUCCCAGGAGCCCCGCGAAGAGCCCCUCAAGUUCCAGGACUCGUUCCGGAUCGCGUUCUAGAGCGCAUUCUAGAACCGGAACCUCGGAGAACUCCGGAGAGCCGCCGGUUAAGAGAGGGAGGGCGGAGCUAGCAGUGGCAGAGGAAGACAGCCAAUCGAAGCAGCCGGGGAGGGGAGAGGCUGACAGGAAGAGGCAGAGCCGGUCUUCAUCCUCCUCCUCCUCCUCAUCCUCCUCCUCCUCCUCCUCUUCAUCUUCAUCGGGGGAUUCAGAGUCCGAGGGAAGCAAAAAAGUCAGUUCACAGUCCCAAGGGGGCGUGUCUGAACCCAAGGAGGUGGGGAGUAAGAAGAGUUCCUCCUCCUCUUCCUCGGACUCCUCCCCCUCCUCCUCCUCCUCUUCCUCGGACAGCGAGACUCCGGUAAAGACACCUGCAGGAGAAGAUGAGAAACGCCCCAGAAAGCCAGCUGAUUCGCUGAGAGACUCGCGAUCGCUCAGCUACUCCCCACCCACCGACAGGAGAAGAUACGCCCCUGCCCCGCCCGCUCGCAGGGGUCAGAGGUCACCCAGCCACUCCCCUCGAAGAAAGAGGAGAAAGGACUCCCCAAAACCCAAACACAGGUCUCCUUAGCGAACGAACGAAGUCCGUGAUUGUUAUAAUGAAUGAGUACAUCAAACUGUGAAAAAAAAAAAAAAAAACUCUGAAUUCAAGAAGGGUGAAUAGAGAAGUGAAUUCAACAAGAGGAUCUCUGUCAUUUAUAAAAAAUAAACCAAACAAAAUAAACGCAACAUAUGAACUCGACAGACAGACAAACUUUUUUUUUUUCUUCCCUAUAUUACAUGUUUCUAUGUCGAUCGACCAGAUUUUGGGAAAGAAGCUAUUAUUAUUAUUAUUAUUAUUAUUUUGUUUUUGGCUUUUUUUUUUUUUAAAUGAAGUGGAUAUUUAAUAAAUAUUGUAAUAUAGCUGAGUUAGUUAUGCAGAGCCCUCUCUCCUCCACAGGAUUAAACAUGCUUUUUAGGGGGGAGAUGGGGGGGUAUACUUUCAGAUGAGCGAGUUUGAGAGAGAGAUUAGUAGCAGAAUUGAGGAUUAAAAUUAUGCAUGACCAGGGAUGGGAACGAGACUCCCACUGCACAGCAGUGUGAUCCAGUCCUGGUUUCACUAGGAGUUUAAUAAUCAGACACACCUGAGCUUGUUAGCCAGACACACUGGGGGCUGAUCAAGCUGGUAGUAAAACCUGGAAUGGAUCACACUGCUGUGGAACAGGGAGUCUGAUUCCCAUCCCUGCAUCACUAUUGGAAACAGGCGGGUGAUUCACAGACAAGUUCAAAUCUUAGUGGAGUGAGAGUAGAAGCGGACUCACUUCGGGCUAAAUUGGAAGGUGUGUGUUUUUUUUUUUUUUUUCUUUUCCCAUUUAUAUUUCUGCUUUUGUAAAUGUGUUUUUUCGAUGAUUAAAUACUUUAAUUUGCCUCCAAAA